GCCAAUAAAAAUGAAUAGCACCUGGUUACCACUUCUUGCGUUGGUAUUGCUCCACGUUUAUGUCGCCAAUGGCGAUAUUGUGGAGCCCGAAACCUACAAGAACUACUACUCAUCCUGCAAGGCUCUGAACCCCAAAAAGAGUGGCAUCCAGAAGAUCCAAGUGGGUCAGGACAUUUUGGAGGUGUAUUGUGAAUCAAAAAUCGCCGGAAGGGGUUGGGUAGUCAUCCAGCGGAGAGUCAGUGCCGAGGAGAACUUCUUCAGGAACUGGACUUCCUACGAAAAUGGCUUUGGCAACCUGAAGGGAAACUUUUUCCUGGGCCUGAAGAAAAUCAAACACAUCACCACCCCGGAACCUCAAGAGCUCUACAUCCACUUGGAGGAUUUCCAGGGAAAGUCUGCCUAUGCGUACUACGAUCGUUUUACCUUGGGGGACGUGUACAGUAACUACUCGAUCAUCCAACUGGGCGCCUACACUGGAACCGCUGGCGACAGUCUGAGCUAUCACCUGUACCAGCCCUUCAGUACCUUCGACAGGGAUAAUGAUUUCUGGCCCGAGGGAAACUGUGCUGUGACGUACAUGGGUGCCUGGUGGUAUAGAGACUGUCUGGGAAGCAAUCUUAAUGGUGCCUAUCUGGGCGGGAACUAUACGGACUCCGAACUUUUUGCCAAGGGCGUUACUUGGGGAUCUUGGCAUGGUUUUUCGUACAGUUAUAAGACUGUUACCAUAAUGCUGCGAUCGCAGUGGUAAUCCAACAGCAAUAGAAAAUAAAUUAUACAUAUUU